UACGUUUAUAUUUAUAAGACAAUCCUCUCUCUCUCUCACUCAUCAGACACUUCCACAUCUCAUCCUCUCUCUCCCUCGCCCUUGGAUUCUUCAGUGAGGAGAGGAAUCUCAAAGUGUCGGCAACAUGUCGGAUCUUCAGACACCACUUGUGAGGCCGAAGAGGAAGAAGACAUGGGUUGAUUACUUUGUCAAGUUCAGAUGGAUCAUUGUCAUCUUCAUCGUCCUUCCCUUCUCAGCCACACUCUACUUCCUCAUCUACCUCGGGGACAUCUGGUCGGAGUCCAAGUCCUUUGAGAAACGCCAGAAGGAGCAUGACGAGAAUGUGAAGAAAGUCAUCAAAAGGCUUAAGGAUAGGGACGCGGCCAAGGACGGGCUGGUCUGCACUGCGCGUAAGCCUUGGAUCGCUGUGGGAAUGAGGAACGUUGACUACAAGAGAGCCCGGCAUUUCGAGGUUGACUUGGGAGAGUUCCGUAACGUUCUUGAGGUCAACAAGGAGAAGAUGAUUGCUAGAGUGGAGCCUCUUGUCAACAUGGGACAGAUUUCUCGUGUCACUUGCCCAAUGAACCUGGCUCUCGCUGUUGUUGCUGAGCUUGAUGACCUCACGGUUGGUGGACUCAUCAAUGGAUAUGGUAUUGAAGGAAGCUCUCACAUCUAUGGUUUGUUCGCAGAUACCGUCGAGGCUUAUGAGAUCGUUCUAGCUGGUGGGGAACUUGUCCGUGCCACAAGGGAUAAUGAGUAUUCCGAUCUUUUCUAUGCAAUCCCGUGGUCGCAAGGAACGCUCGGACUCCUUGUAGCCGCAGAGAUCAGGCUUAUUCCAAUCAAGGAGUACAUGAGACUCACUUACAUUCCAGUCAAGGGAGAUCUUCAAGCCUUGGCUCAAGGUUACAUCGAUUCUUUCGCGCCAAAAGACGGUGACAAGUCAAAAAUCCCGGAUUUCGUUGAAGGCAUGGUUUACAACCCAACUGAAGGAGUGAUGAUGGUUGGAACAUACGCAUCUAAAGAAGAGGCAAAGAAGAAAGGGAACAAAAUCAACAAUGUGGGAUGGUGGUUCAAGCCAUGGUUCUACCAGCAUGCGCAGACCGCGCUGAAAAAGGGACAGUUUGUUGAGUACAUCCCGACAAGGGAAUACUACCACAGGCACACAAGGUGCUUGUACUGGGAAGGCAAACUUAUUCUUCCAUUUGGUGAUCAGUUCUGGUUCAGGUUCCUCUUUGGUUGGUUGAUGCCUCCAAAGGUCUCCCUUCUUAAGGCCACUCAAGGUGAAGCUAUCAGGAACUAUUACCAUGAUAUGCAUGUUAUUCAGGACAUGCUUGUUCCUCUUUACAAGGUUGGUGAUGCCCUCGAAUGGGUUCACCGCGAAAUGGAGGUGUAUCCAAUUUGGCUUUGCCCACACAAACUCUUCAAGCAGCCAAUCAAAGGCCAGAUCUACCCAGAACCAGGCUUUGAGUACGAGAACAGACAAGGAGACACAGAAGAUGCUCAGAUGUUCACUGAUGUUGGAGUCUACUACGCACCUGGCCCUGUCCUAAGAGGAGAACAGUUUGAUGGAUCAGAAGCUGUGCGUAAGAUGGAGAAAUGGCUGAUCGAGAACCAUGGAUUCCAGCCUCAAUACGCGGUGUCUGAGCUCGACGAGAAGAGCUUCUGGAGGAUGUUCAAUGGUGAACUGUAUGAGGAGUGCCGCAAGAAGUACAGAGCUAUUGGAACGUUCAUGAGUGUUUACUACAAGUCCAAGAAAGGAAGAAAGACCGAGAAGGAAGUUAGAGAAGCCGAGCAAGCUCAUCUCGAAACUGCUUACGCCGAGGCAGAUUAAGCUAUAAGCCCCUGCUUGAGACUAUUAUUAUAAUUGGUGGCAGUAGUGCUAUGUGUUUCCUAUUUUCAGUUUAGUGUCUUUGAAGACUAUUGUUCUUGUUUUUCACUUGCUUCAUGCUGUUGUUUGACUUAUGGUUUGAGUGAAUUUUAGAUUUUCAGUUUUGGAUUUGCUAGUUUGCUUAUGAGACUUUGUUUCAGAUAUUAAUGUUUCUCUUUGUAA